CACAGUGGGACUCUGCUGUUUGUAUGGCAAAGAUGGAUACAAGCUAACUGCCAAGCUGUAAUGUGCUGUUAAUAGCUGGAGAAACGCGGCCAGGUUGUCAAAUAUAUGUCCGAGUAUCACUCAAUAUACUGGACUCAACAUUAAUUUCCUGUUUUGCGACUCUCGAGUCUACCGGUUUGUAGACAGCUAUGGGUGGGCUGGGAAAUGGACGUCGAGGAGGAAGAUCACCCCCUCUAAUGAUUGGUGCCCUAAUUGCCUGUAUCCUCGUUCUGGGCUUUAACUACUGGGUGUCAAGCUCCCGCAACCUGGAACUACAGACUAAGCUGUAUGAGUUAGAAGGCCAGGUGCGCCGUGGGGCAGCAGAGCGAGGGGUAGUUGAGAUGAAGAAGACUGAGUUCCAGGAGGAGAUCCAGAGGCAGAAGGAGCAGAUCAGCCACAUAGAAAGCCUCUUCAAGAGACAGCUGGAAGGAUCUCAGAACACCUGCAGCCAAGAGAAGGGCACACUGCAGCAAAACAUUUCCUCUAGUACCAAAACCAUACAGGAACUCAAAGGUCAGUUGAAUCAGCUGAAUGACGACCUGGGGAUGCUUCAGAAGGAGCUGCAGAGUUGCCAAGGCAACAUCAAAACCCUCAACAACAAACUCACUUAUGACAUGACCCACUGUCACUCCCAGGUUCUUUCCCAGAAGGAGUUGUGUGAUGAGAGAGUGGCAGCUGCUAAACUUGAAGUACAGAAGAAAAUGGAGAAGCUUAUCCCUCCUCCAGGUGCCUCCUCACAGCAGGAAAAUGCAGUGGAUGGACCAGCAAAAGACGAUGGACCAGUCAUGACUGUGGCUGAUGCUGUGAAGACCGCAACUGUUGUAAGCCACACACCAAGCAUCUCUCAGUCCAAAGGAAAUGAUCCACCCGAGCUACUGACCAAUGACAUCAUUGUGGACAAAGGUCCUGAUGCCCCAGCAUACCUGCCUCCAGAGAAGGAUCUCUCCAAAGUAGAGUCUCAGCCUGUUCCCUCAGCAACUGCAGCCAAGCAGGACAUUUUGUCACCACCAGAGGGAGCUGUUGAAGGAGAGAAGGGUGAGACAGAGACCAGUAAAUCUGUGAAGAAUAACCUGACUGAGGACAACGAGAUGGAAGUGAUGGAUGUUCAUGAAGAGGGUGCUCAGACAGAAGAGGCAGACCCUGGGAUGGAAGGCAUGCUGAUUGGCCGGGCAAAGGCAGACGAGACACCUAAUGGUCAGAAACUUGAGGAUCCAGAUGAAUAUGAAACAGACGAUCAAGUCGUGGGUGGAGUCGAUAUGGAAAAACAACAGCAGAGUAAACUGGCUGAAAAUAUAGACAAGGACAUGGAGGAUGAGCUGGCUGACUAUAACGGAGACGAUGAGAACGAAGGCGAGUUUGAAGCAGACAAACAAGCUGAGCUUGCUCAAAUCUAAGUGCUGGAGCUGGAGAAGGAGCCUGCACACCACAUAAGGAAGCAGGAUCCCUUAUACACCUCAGCACAACCACACCAUACAGGUUAAUGCAGCCCUCCCAACACAGUAAACACAAACAAACCCAGAUGGAAAUCUAUAAGAAAGACUUGUGACAUCACAUUGGGUUAGAUCAUAACCAUUUGUUUCCUGGAAUGUCUUUUAUUUGUCAUCGUAAUUGGAUGCUGUAUAUUUGAUUACAUGUUGUCAGAUAUUUUAUCAGUUGGGAUCAUCACGUUUUAAAUUUUGGAAAUGAAUGAAAAUAUGCAAAUAUCAGCCAGGCAUGUACAUUCACGUUUUGUAUUCAUAUGCAUCUCACUGUAUACAAAAAGCCAUGUGGUGACUGUGCUUACAUUCAUUUCAUUAUGGUGACAUACUUAUCAGUACUUUCACCUGCUUAGUUGUUCGUGUUGUAUGCAAAUUGAACAUCUCAGCGUCCUCAGAAAUCAGUAGAUUUUAAUUAGAUGUGUUGUUCAUGUUCAUACUGUAAUGACUGUAACUAAACAAGAGAAGUGAUGAUAAUGUGCAGACCCUUAUAGGGUAACUGUAUGAGGUGUGAUAUAUUGUAGAAAGUGUAAAUAACCUCAGUGAUCCCAGUGACAGAACUCUACAGCAGCAUCUUAAACGACGCCUUAAGUUCUUCAUGUACGCAGCCUCUCAUAUGAAGGACUCUGAUUUUGGGUUAAUGGCCAGGACGUUUUGCUGUACAACAUGUCUGCCAGUGAUCACAGAUGAGGUUUUCCAUAACUGUAGUAAAUGAAGGAAAUGUGUGGAGGUUCUUGUUAGACAGCCGUAGGGCUGCAGCCAAUGGUUAUUUUCAUUGUUGAUUAUUUUCUCGAUGAAAUCUAUUAGUUGUUUGGUCUAUAAAGUGUCGAUCAGUGUUUCCCAAGGCCCAAGGUAAUGUCCUCAAAUGUCUUGCUUUGUCCACAACCCAAACAUAUUCAGUGUACCGUCACAGACGAGCAAAGAAACCAGAACAUAUUCACGUGUAAAAAGCUGGAAUCAGAGACUUUUUUAAAAUUUUCUUAGAAAAUUACUCAGUUAUUAUUAUUGAUUACCAAAUUAGUUGGUGAUUAAUUUGAUAGUUAACACGUUGCACCUCGAGGCUGCUGAGUCCAAUUGUGUUUUGACAUAGGCAAAAUACAGCCAAACAGGAAAAUAAAAUCAGCUGCUUUUUUGAUUUCCAUGUGACCUAAAAUGCUGUAAAAAAUAAGGCUGGCUUAAGAGACAUGGCGCAUAAUAAACAGGCAAAUUCAUCAUCUGGAUUAUAUGCUGAUGUAACUUUGUCAGGUUUUAAACAUACUAUAUCAUAAUGUCUGUAACUGGACAUAUUUGAUCAAUGGACAAUUUCUAAAGCGUUACUUUGUUUUUUUGCUUUGUCAUGAGGUUGGAUCUGUGCUGUGCUCAUUUGGGAUCAGUUAGAUAGAAAAACAGUUUUAGAUUUUAAUGAACAAAACAUCAGGAUCAUAUUAGUAGAUCAACAAUCCUUUGUAUUUCGACGCAUGCCUUAUCAAUUGUGUGUACACCAGUUUUUCCCUACGGUCAGUUGCCUCUGACACAGUGGAGAUCAGAUGCUCAUGUUUACCAGUUUUAGACCUUUGUGGAUGCUGCCUCUGUUCUGCUGGGUUAAAAUGACUGUAUAGUUUGUGGGAAGGAACUUUCCUUGAAGUGGGAACCAUGUGUUGUGCUUUAGGGUUCCUGCGUACCAGCAGAUGUGAAUCACUCCCUAGCUGUGUUAAACUGUAUUAGUCCAUUCUGCGUCAAGCUGCACUAAUGACUGAACUAAUAUUAGGGAUCAGAAAUAACAACAAAUUAGUACAAUGUUGUGGGGAGAUCUUUUGUUGCCUUGUGUUUUAUACAGGACAGAUGAUACACUUUAUUUUCCAGGUACUUAUUUAUAAGUAGUUACUUUAACUAAAUACCAACAGUUACACAGUAUGUUGUCAUUUUAACUGCCAUAAAUUCCUUAAUGUUUUGACAUAUCAUCAAGAGUCCAUUCCUAAAUCAUGUUGUUUUUCCAACAUCUUCAACCCCACUGUUUCAAGAACGACUACAUAGGUCAUAAUAGUUACAUCACAGCUCUCCGUGACGCUGAAGCUAUGAUGCCUGUGUGUUUCAUACCAAGCAGCGGGUCUUGCUCAUUCUUUCACUUCUCUGCUGAUAAAAGACCAGGAGUUGCUGGAUGAAACACAUCAGGUAAGACUAUGUUACAUCUAUGGAACAUAGCAAAGAUAUCUAGCCAGCAAGCUAGCUGGUGUUGGUGACAUGUAUGUGUGAGAUGAGGGACGUAGUUCACUGAGCGGUUUCACUCAAAACUAAAUGAUACUAUGACAAACCUACGACAAACUAGGACUUUGUUGACCUACAGAAUGACCUUUUUAUUAACAAACGUGCAACUUAUGGCAUAAUUCAAAUGGGAACAAAAAAAUAUUCGUCAUUCACUGUUGACCACUGUACAGUAUGUUUCUGAAAUUAGGUCGAUGGGGGCUACAGAAAAGGUGAGGAACUUCACCUUUCUAUUACAACUGGGCUGCCAGGCAUGAUCCAAUCCCACAGAGCCUAUUUUAUACACAAGCUGCGAUGCUGAGGUUUCCCAACAGCAAAAAAAUCUGACAACAGUUUCUACAAUGAUAAAAUAGAAAAGACCUGUAGAGUUUAAUUUUGAAUGUAAAGGUGCAGCCAUUGAAAAACCUUUGUUUUGACUUAAUAAUGGCAUACAUUAAGAGGCAUUUACAGAAUAUAUAUGGAGCAUUAAGAAUAACAAGAGGAAUAUAGAUUACAGAACCCUAUGAGCAAAAGUAUUUAGGUGUUAUCAAACUUCAUUAAGCUUAUUCAAGUAAACUAUUUAAAACAAAAAUACCUUUUUACACUUAAGACUCACUGAAGAUUCCUUAAGAUGGUAAAGUACAGUCUUUUCAUGUUUAUUUCCUUAUAAAAAAAACUGGAAACUUGACUUUGAUUUGCAAAUUCUUGUUCCUUUUAUUUCACUAGACUUUAACAAGUAACUUUUCCUUUUGAGGAACACAAAUUAAAGGAACAGUUAAUCAAUUCAGUUAUUUCCAAUGAGAGUUGAUAUUAUCAUCUCAAUUUUCAAAUAAUUUCACAUCCUAAAUAGUGUUGAUUAUGUUAACUUAUUUUUUAUUUAUAUUAUGAUCAUAUUAAAUCUGCGCCUGGCCAUAAUGUUUCAAAGUAACUAUAAAAAUACAGGAGUGCUUGUGACAAAUUCAUGGAAACACUUCGACACUCAGAGUGUCCACAGCAGUUAAUGAAUGCGGACACUCAUUUAUAUCAAAGUGUCUUUUGUCUGCCUGUCUGUCUCCCUUUGGUCAGUGUCACAGGGGAAACAUGGUACCAGAUUUGUAUCAUGUCGUUUUAUUUUCAAAGUUGCUGUAAGUUGUUGUGGGUUUUGUUGUCUGACACUGCUGCUUUGUUAUGUCUGAAAGCUUCGUCUGCCUGUUUGUGUAAAAAGUCCCAUUUUUGAACCAGUUCUGUUUACCUGGAGAUGAAAUGUUUUUUGAUUUUUUUUUUUUUUAUAAAUUGGAUUAACUUUUGUUGAUUUCAUUUGAUUGAAUUUUUAUUUUAUUCUUAACUGUUGAACAAAUUUGUGAAAAAUUUAAAUGAUCAUAGACUUUAUUGAUGAUAGAGAAUAAAAAUUGUUUUUAUUAUCACUAUUGAGACAUGGUUUCAUUUGGGAUAUAUUGACCACACCAGAUGCCACUCCUGUCAGCUAAGAACAGGAAACUGAGGCUACAGUUCACACAGGCUCACCAAAACUGGACAAUAGAA